AUGGUCUGUCAAUUACAGUUGAAAAUUUGCUCGAAACUAAUUGAACUGGCAAGUCCGUCACCUGCACAACCAUCGCCACCUCCAGCAGUAGCAGCACCAGGCCGUAGUAGGCCAUCGACACUAAAAAGGCUUGCAGGACGGUACAUUUUGCGUCAUUCGGUAACUGGUCCAAAUGGCCUAGCACGGAUUUUUCGUCAUGAAGCGCAGUUUAGUGAUGAAGAUGAUGAUAGCGAAGCACAUUACCAACAAGUUCUUCCUGAUGAAUUGAUC